AAGGGGCCGGUCCCGUCCCGUCCAUGGCGGAGGUGCUGGAGUUCCGUGUGCCCGCGGGCAGUGCCCACACCCUGCUGGUCUGGGGGCUGGAGCCGCAGCCGGGGCUGGAGCACUCCCUGUUCUCCGCGUUCUCCAGGUUCGGGCCGCUGUUCUCGGUGCGGGCGCGCGGCAACGCCGCCGUGGCGGGGCCGGGGUGCUGUGGGGUCAUCAAGUUCUACUCAGCUGGGGAUGCCAGCAGGGCCCAGCGUGCCUGCAACGGGCAAAGGCUGUUUCAGAAACGCCCCUUGAAGGUUUGUGUUUGCCCCAAGCAGAGGGGGAUUCAGCAACGAGCCCCUGCCCUCAGCAGCAACAAGUGCCAGGAGCUGGCCAACCACUACCUGGGCUUUAACGGCUGGUCCAGUCGCAUCAUCACGCUGCAGAAGGUGUCUGCCCUUGAUGGUGAGAAUGAGGAGCUGGGACAGAGCUCCCAGCAGGGAUCUGUGAAGUUCCUGUGUGCUCUGGAGCUGACGCUGCCCCAGCACGGGGUGUGCAGCAGGGGAGUUGCCCUGGGCCGGGCAGCCGUAGGAGAUGGGCAAGAUCCCCUGGAGCUCAUCACAGCCACGAGAAGAGCUCAGAAGCUCGCGGUGGGGAAAGCUCUGUCUGGGGCCUUCCAGAAGAUCCUCCUCGUAGUCUUGGAAAAUGGGAAAGUGGCCGUGGAGUACAAUUCCUGCCAGGAGGAGCCCACAGACUCCUUAACAGAAGAGGAACUGAAGGGGCUUGUUCAGGUCAAUGAAUUGUCCUUGGAGCAACUUGACCUCGAAGAAGACGAAGUUUUGUCUGAUCUCAGUUUGGAUGAGGAGCCAUGAAACGCCCUGUUUGCUUUUCCUCCAGAUGCCCAACAGGGAAAGAAAUGGGCAAUAAACGCUGUGUUGCUAAAAGUAAGCCCCCAGAUACGUGCUGGUUUUGGAGAGGAGGUGUUUUGCUGUCAGCCUGCUCAGGAACAAGCCCUCCCUGCAAGAGCCCUGUACAGCUCCAGGUCACUCUGAUCCAUGGGAGAAAGUCUGGGAUGGAAGAUGUCUUAGCAGCAGGAGGAGCUGUGGGGCUGACCCAGCUCUGCACAGGCUCAGGAAAAAGCAUUUCUCGAAGUGCAAAUUGUUUUAAAUAAAGUUACAAAGUCUCUUAAGAA